GCGUGCCAGCUGUCGACACACACCUGCAGAGGACUUUCAUCGGUGGGACAUCGCGGUCUCAUCGCCGUAUAAUACAUCCCACGUCAACGAAAUGGACAGAGUCGAGUCGAUUACAGUGACAACAUCCGAGGGCUCCCCUCAUGGUCCGUUUAUCCCGCGGCUUCCUGUAGAGGUCUGUGAACGGAUCAUCGAUCACCUAGCUACGGGAUGGGAUAUCAAAGACACUCGUGCAAAGAGCCAGCAUCUGUCCACUCUCGCAUCCUGCGCGCUCGUAUGCCAAGACUGGUACUACUUGACGUGGUACCAUCUGCAUCAGCGCAUGUAUCUGCGAGACCGGAAGGAUGUCCUCUCGCUCUCCAGGACACUCCGCGCAAGACCUCGCCUCCGUGAGGUCAUUCAGCAGGUCGUCAUAUCGGGUGCUUCUCCCGGGGAGUGCCAACCGAUCCGGCACCUGGGGACGUUUGCCGCUAUGCUCGCUGGCAAGGUCCCGUGGUUGUCAAGGAUCGUCAUUGCAGAUGCUGAGUGGACCGUCGGCUCGGUGCGAUUGGAGGACAUCGGCUACCUAGCUGCGUUCAACUCCAUUGACACUCUACACCUAUCCAAUGUCACCUUGUCGAAUGUCGCCCAGCUGUCACACCUUGUUUCAGCACUCCCGCGGCUGAGGUGAUUAUGGUGCGACAAAGUUGACUGCUUGCAAGUCUCCCCAGCCUCCCUCCCACUGAACUGUGCAAAUGUGGAGUAUCUCGUCGUGCGAUGGGUUGCACCGGCAGUCGAAAACCUCCUCGUGCAGAUCAGCCGGGCUUCCCGAGUACGCCGUCUCAUUCUCGGGGUUACAGGCGAAUUGGCUCCAUCCUCGGCAGCCAGCAGAAGCCAGACUUUGCUGGAUGCCAGUUCCACAU